GAGGGAGCUGUGGCUGUGGUAGAAGCACUGGGGCCUCAGUGGGAGGCUGACAGGAGAGUUUUGGCUGGAGGCAACCCCUUCCCCAGAGGGCUCAAGACAAGUCUCAAAGGAGCACCAACAGCUCAGGGCAGGCUGUACAAGUGUCCUGCUGAUAAAAGAUCCUGAAGUUCAGCUUUGCACCACCUUUAACCUCUGGUGACACAGACUGGAGCUCCUCAUUUAACCUCACCCUGCAGGCUGCAGCUUCAGGGCAGACAGGGCUGGGGAAGAGUGCCUGCUGUGCUGUGGCCAUCUGUGGGCACUGGAGAGAGCCACCUAGCUGUGCACUCACUCCUUUUUCCAAAAGAGUGGAACUCUGGCAGCUUUCUCUGGACCUGAGCCAUGCUGGUACCAGUGCAGGCGGAAAGCAGCCACUUCAUGAUGGAUUCCAUUUCUAGACCCAUCAGUGAGUUUUGCCUCGAUCUCUACAAAAAGCUCAACAGAAAUGCAGAGGAUACAAAUAUUGUCUUCUCUCCUAUGAGCAUCUCUGUUGCCCUGGCCCUGAUCCAUCUUGGUGCAAGAAACAACACUGCUGCUCAGAUAGAGAAAGUGCUCCAUGUCAGGAAAGCUGCAGGAAGAAUGAGUCCUGGAUCUGAUCACGAGAGUGCAGCCCCAGAAAUGGAGCCAGAAGGAAGACUGGAGAGUCAGUCUUCCUUCUCAGAGUGUAACAAGGAGGGAGACCUUAACCAUAAAGGGUUCCAGGAGCUGCUUUUGCAACUACAAAACCUUGGUGAAAAGUACGUUUUAACCUUGGCCAACAAUCUCUUUAUGCAACAAGGAUUUGAGCUCCAGCAGCAAUAUCUAACGUGUAGCAAGGAACUGUAUGGAGCAGUGCUGCAAACAGUGGACUUUCAUGGUGCUGUUGAAGCUACCAGAAGAAAAAUUAAUGCUUGGGUUGAAAGUGAAACACAAGGUAAAAUCAAGGAACUCUUUGCACCUGGCGUGAUUGAUGGACAUGCAUUGCUGGUGCUUGUGAAUGUAAUCUACUUUAAAGCAUCCUGGGAACACAAGUUUGAGGAAGAAAAAACAGUUCAGAGGGAUUUUAAACUGAAUCAGAAUAGAAAGAAACCCGUGCAGAUGAUGUAUCAGAAAGGCAAAUUUAAACUGGGCUAUAUUGAGGAGGUGGGUGCUCAGAUCCUUGAACUUCCUUAUGCUCAGAAGUCACUGAGCAUGAUCAUCCUGCUGCCAGGGGAUGUGGCUGAUGGAUCUGUCAGUGGGCUGGAGCAGAUUGAAAGCACAAUCACCUAUGAAAAUUUAAUGCUGUGGGCCUCCUCAGAGACCAUGUUUGAGACAACAGUGGAGGUUUACCUGCCCCGAUUCAAGCUGGAAGGCACCUUUAACCUCAACCAGGUUUUACAGGAGAUGGGGAUGACUGACAUUUUCACUGAAUCAAAAGUUGACCUUUCUGCAAUGACGUUUGCAAAGUCUCUGGUGCUGUCAAACGUUGUCCACAAGGCCUAUGUGGAAGUCAAUGAGGAAGGCACGGUGGCGGCAGCUGGCACAGGAGCUUCCAUUGCCAGGAGGUCUCUGCCUCUCACAGAGACGUUCAUGGCUAAUCACCCUUUCCUAUUCUUUAUUAGACACAAUCCUACCAAUACUAUCACUUUCUUUGGCAAACUCUGUUCACCUUAAAAUCAGGGCCGUUUUCUAACACUGUGAAGAGUACCUGGAUGAAAAGCAGAAAUUGUAUUUUUCUCCCAAAUGCUUUCUUAAUCCUGUGAUGGCUUGCUUGUACUUCAAAAUCACUGCAGCCAGUUUUGUUUAGAACCUAUGAAUCAAAUGGUCUGUCACUAGGCUCCUUGAAUUGUAAAUAUUGAUCUGAAUCCAGAAUAUGAGUAAAUUUUACCUUAAGCUUGCUGG